UUGUGACACUCUGGAACCUGAUUGGUUAAAGUGCUGCGAUUUGAUUGGUCGAUGCUGACGAUGUGGGCGUGGUUAGACGUCAAUGUUUAUGUAGCCCGCUGUCGGUGUAUAUAACUGCACCAAGGACUCUGCAAUGUGAUUUCCUGACAUUGAUUUGUUUCCUUAUCUUUUAACCCGCCGUCUUCACCACAUUAUGCUCCAGCCGUUGACAUGGGGAACCACUAGCAGGUGAAAGACGGAAGAAACCGAGGAAAAAGCCGGAAUGGCAGGCGCCUUUGGCUUCAAAGGCUGCCAGAAAAUUCGAGGUCCGCAGAUCAGAAGUCUGCUCGAGGCGAAGGACUUCAUCCUGUUCGACUGCGACGGGGUCAUAUGGCACGGAGAGAAGGCGAUAACGGGCGCGGCGAAGGUGGUGAGCUCGCUGAUACGACACGGCAAAAACGUGGUGUUCGUCACCAACAACUGCACCAGGCCCCGGGAGAAUUAUGUGCACAAGUUCUCCCGGCUGGGCUUCACCGACGUGAUGCUGGAGCAGAUCUUCAGCUCGUCGUACUGCUCGGCUCUCUACCUGAGAGACGUCGUCAAGGUCCGCGGACAGGUGUUCGUCAUGGGCUGCGACGGGCUGCGCAGAGAGCUGCAGGAGGCGGGCAUCCCCUGCGUGGAGGAGGCGGACGACCCGGACGCCACCAUCUAUAACUGCACCCUGGCUCCGGACGUCAAGGCAGUGCUGGUGGGACAUGAUGACAAAAUGACUUUUCUCAAACUGGCCAAAGCCUCGUGCUACCUGAGGGACCCGGACUGUCUGUUCCUGGCCACCGACAACGACCCCUGGCACCCUCUGUCAGGUGGAAGGAUACUGCCAGGUUCUGGCUCCCUCACCGCAGCGCUGGAGGUGUCCUCAGGUCGCAAGGCCACUGUGAUCGGCAAGCCCAGCCGCUUCAUGUUCGAGUGCAUCUCCAGUCAGUUCAGGGGGGUGGACCCCGCCCAGUGCCUGAUGAUCGGGGACCGCCUAGAGACAGACAUGCUGUUCGGGUCCAACUGUGGCCUGGACACCAUGCUCACUCUCACCGGCGUGUCUCAGAUCGAGGAGGCCCAGGAGUACCGGAAUAGUGAGCUGAGCACCAACCACAGCCUGGUGCCCGACUACGUGGUGGACACCAUCGCUGAUUUCUUACCUGCUUUUGAGGAACUGGAAGAACAGAGCAAUUGACGAGUCCUGUCACCUCUAGUACGGAGCACAGAUCGCUUCUACUGCAUUUCAAGUGCAAUGUUUUAGUCUGGCAAAAAAAAAAGAAACAAAACAAAGAAACACUCCUCAGUAACAUGACGCUGUUUAUGUUGUGUCUAAGACACGAGUAGGACAGAAUAUUCUCCCCAAAAUAAUCAGUAAUCCAGUGCAUACCUCAGUGUUUCUAGUGUUGUGCCCAUUUGUGAUCGACGGUUCCUUGUUGCUGUAAGUGUUUAUAAAAAUAUAUGAAUAUACUGCACUUUCCUCUUCAUAAAGUUCAUAGGUGGUUUGAUAUUUUUAACAUCCAGAAGUAUUUUUGUAAAGCCAUGAAUUGCUCUGCAACGGCAUUCAUGUGUUUAAAGGCUGGUCGAUAUUUCUUUUGCCAAAAGGCAGACAUACUUACUAACGUAGAAUCGUUUCCUCCCGUGUGUUUGCCUGGGUGUGACUCCUCCUCGAUUCAUUUAUGGCAAGAGGAGAUAAUUAAAGAACUUCUCUCAGCUCUGGGGAAGAUGACAAUCUGCCAGUCAGACAGGUGACGUGUGUAUUCACUUUUGGCCUUUCUGUCACGUCUGUGCUACUUGUGCCAAUAUUCAUCAGAGUGCCAAACAGCUUACUGAACCUCAUAGUUAGAACACCAGUGACACAGUAACGGUGGCCGGUCAUACUGCUUUGUUGUGAAAUGUCAGUGUUGUUAAUGUUUACCAUAUAGAGCAUGCCAGCAACGGUAACAAUAAAUGAAUCCUAAAUAUGAAGAUGUUCAUCUGUUGAAGACAAUGAUAUGUCCUGUUUUUACACUGAAAAUGUCAUUUGUUUUUGCUCCAUUUUUUCACAGAGAUCAAAGACUGUUUUUGCACUCAAUAGAUGUAUUUCUCUCAAA